AUAUUCUUAUAUUUUUUUCUCUCUGACCUUACAGCGACACAAGUUUACGAUUCAUCAAACCGAGCACAUCAGAUGUAGAGAGGACGAGUGGUGUAUCUAUCUAUUAGUCAAAGACCUGAGUGAGAUAGUACAGACUCUUGAGCCAGCCGUCAAAGUCAAGCCGAGCAGAGUUACAAAUCACUUGGCAGUUGCCCUCAACUCAACCAGAAGUCAAACAAGGUCCUCGAGACAAAUGAGCUCGUAUUUCGCACAUCCGAUGGCUGGUGCCGAAUUCCACCACAGCGGUGGCUCAAAUUACCCUCAGCAAUCGGUAGGGAGCUACGCUUUGACCGCCGAAGGGCCACAGCACUCCUCCCAUCGCCACCAGCAUUAUCAGGCGGGCAACCCAGUAGCUAGCCCACCGGCCAGCUACGCCUACCCCUACACCGAGGAUAGCCUUCACUCCCUUCAAAACGGCUACUACACCAUGGAAGGGGCUACCGGCAUGGAUGCCACCACAGCGAUAAACCACCAUCAUGCGGCAUCAGGGAACUCCACUUGUGGGUAUACGGUAGACCCCUGCUACCAGACAUCACCGGCCAGUAUGGGGGCAAUGUCGCGCAGAAAGACACCCACUAACACCCCUCCAGUUACCCUCUCGGACUGUGCAUCAAAUGCAAGUCCUCCGACGAACAUCAACAACAACAAUAACAAUCACCAUGGCUCAAUAAAAGGCUCGGGGAAGGGGCAAAGCAACGAACAAAUCUACCCUUGGAUGCGACGUAUACACUCCACAACAGCAGCAGCGGCGGUGAACGGUACAGAGCCCAGUAAACGAUCUCGCACAGCCUACACCCGUUACCAGACGCUUGAACUUGAGAAGGAAUUCCAUUUCAACAGGUACCUCACACGUCGACGUCGAAUCGAAAUCGCACACGCACUCGGUCUGACGGAACGGCAAAUCAAAAUCUGGUUCCAGAAUAGGAGGAUGAAAUGGAAAAAAGAGCACAAUGUCAAGAGUAUCUCACAGCUGAUCAGCCAAGAGGCAGCAGCAAACCUCGCCGGUGCGACGGUGACGCCGCCCUCGGGUAUGCGCUGAUACCUCGCAGGUACGUCGCUUUCAGAACUUGAAAUUAUGACGUUGCACCGCCGUUGACAUUCGGCUUGAUUAUGGUGAAAUCGUCGGACUUAAAUGAGUACAGCACAGUGACUUUUGAUCAUGACAAUUACUUGUAUGAUAUUGUUGGUAGACAUACUUUUUUCCUUUCUGUCCAUCUUGUGCUGAUAAUGAAGUAAAUUAUAAUUAUAGAAAGCAUUGUACAUUGAUUAAAAAGAAUAAAGAUGAUUGAAAGGGAAAGUUAAGUAACGCAGUGAUUACAUGUGCAUUGCAUUGUUCAUCAGAAAUUGUUUGAUGGCGGAGACUUUGUGAUAAUGAGAAAAAAAAAGUUCAGAAAAUGCCACGAGUUGAGAGUCAUGGGUGAUGAAUACCCAGAACGUUCUUGCACGUCAGCACGACUGUUUGAUCUCAUCGCGUGGUAGACUAACACAAGAUAAAGGGGCUUGAUGUUUGAUGAAUAAUAAAGAUUCUUCAAUAAAACAAAUGGCCCAUUAAAAUGGAAGGAGAGUGGAAUGGCAACGGGUACAUAGACUGAUCGGCAAGGUAGCGACAGUUACUGCAGCCAGGGUGCAACUAAAGCGACGGUAAAAGGCGACUACUUCGCCGCGUUGAGCACGAUGCCGAAAUGUGGCAAGAGGCAGAAGGGGACAAGGCGACGUAUCCACGAGACACCAACACCCUUAGGCGGUCACAUGCAAAGGAAAAUAUUGCCCAAAAUGGCGGCUGAAUGAUGGAUUAUUUGUCCGCGGGCGGUUUGUGUCCACAGACUGGCUAUUUCUCACCGACAGUUUUGUGACUGUUAGCUGAAAUGAAUAAUAAUCCGUAGUUUCCCGUUUCUUUUAGCACCAUUUCGCACCAUUUACAUUGAUUUGUUAUAUUUUCAUGCCAUGUACAUAAUAAUGUCAUUCAAUUAAUAUUCAUGUCACAAACUGCGUUCUUUGCAGUUUCCUAUCACAACCAUUGAAAUUGCAGCUUUGUUUUCUAGAAAGCGAGGAAUAAUCGAAAAUGCUUUCGUACACAUUGAGCGUGAAAAUCUUUCUAUCCACACUGAAAGGGGUAUGGCCGUAUGUUAACAGGUACUUUUAUUUAUUUUUCAACCCAGCUGAUUACAAUCUGUAUUGUACUUGAAAAAUAUUUGUGAUAGGUAUUCAAGCGGAUCAGGAAAAAUUAGUAAAUGAUAAAACACCGCUUAUUGCACACACUGUAAAAAUAUCACUUUUACUCUAAAAAGGAGAAUCUGUGAAAAUGUUCAUGGUUAUUGUAAUUCAAUGUGUGUUAUACAUAUAUAUGAUAU